CGGAUAUUCCGUGGAACUGAGUACGCCUUUCAGUACUUGGACGAUGACUGUGGAGCUGCGUGUCGUGCUGCCCUAGAUUACAAAUGAUGAGCCGAGUCUCGUCCUUCCGCACUGCGAUGCCAUUGCGUCAGCUGUCGCGGGGCACUUUCGCGCAAACAUCAACACCAACACUCCACGCCUAUACUUUGCUGCAUCGGACCCGCCACAUUUCACUGUCAACAAGAUCAAGGACAGCCGAAACCCGCAACAAUGUCAAUGGCCAACUAUUACGAUCCCUCUGUAGAGUCCUCCCAGUCGCCAUUGAAGGGCCUAUGGAAACCAACGCACCUGCAACGUCUAUACUAUGGCCCGAACAGCGUCAAAGACCACCUUCUUGAAAGCCUUCCGAGCGAGACAUCCAAAGCUUUCAUCCUCACAGGCAAUUCUCUCGCCACCAAGACUCCUCUGAUCAAGCAAGUGGAAGAACAACUGGGUAACAAGCACGCCGCGACUUUUAGCAAGAUUGGUCAACAUGCUCCAGUCAAGGAGCUCGACGAAGCCACUGCGCUCGUGCUCAAGGACCCUUCAAUCGACACGAUCAUCUCCAUCGGUGGCGGCUCACCCAUUGACAGCGCAAAAGCCAUUUCUUACCGCUUGAAUGAAAAGCAAAAAGGCAAAUGGCUUUACCACAUCACAAUUCCUACAACUCUCAGUGCAGCAGAAUGUACCCUCGGUGCGGGCUACACUGGCGAAGAUGGGAUCAAGACCGGCGUGGCUCAUGCUGAAUUGGCGCCGCAUGUCGUGAUUUACGACAGUAAAUUCGCUCUCGAAACUCCAGAGUGGCUUUUCAAGAGCACGGGUCUGCGAGCACUGGAUCAUGCAAUGGAGCUGAUGUACCAUCCUACGGCGACCGAAAUGCCCGCGAGACAGAAUUGUUUGCUUGCUGCUCAAGGGUUGUUCGAGGGCUUGAGGGAGUAUCAUCAGAAUCCCAAGGAUGAACAAGUUAUCACCAAGUUACAGCUCGCCGCGUUCCAGUCAUUGGGAUUCUUGGCUUUGAAUGUCAAAGGUGCUUUGGGUUUGAGCCAUACUUUGGGUUACGCGCUCGGCAGCCCGUUCGGUAUUCCGCAUGGUAUCACAUCGUGUCUUACAUUGGGCCAUGUGGUCAAGCUAAAAGCGGAAAGCUCGGCGGACGAUGCGAAACAACUGGCGAGAAUGGCGCCCUUCGUGGGUGUGACGAAGAGUGGCGAUGAUAAGAAAGACGGUGUGGCUGUGGGAGAGGCAAUCUCGAAGUUGGUGGAGGAUAUCGGAUUGAAGACAACUCUGACGGAGAAGGGAGUUGGAAGGGAUCAGGUGGACUGGAUCGUGAAGAUCGCAACGAGACAGGAGAGUGGGCCAGUUUAUGAUAAGGUGAAAGGGCUGGUAGAGGGGUUGUAUUAGUCGCCUGAAGCUGAACGACAUCGUCUAUUCGAUAGCGUGCGGCACGAGAACGGGCAGAUCAGGCGAUACAACGCAGAUGGUCAUCGUGAGGGCAUGGAACUCUCAGCAAAGCUCUAGAGGCACAGCUUGAAUCGCCACGCGCCGGCAGCUUUCAUAUUGACGACCACAUUGUGUGCAACAUGUAGUAUAUACUCAAUCCUUUCUGUACACUCCACG